GCCUCUCACCUCCUUCCACCACAUCGUCCAUCCCCAAAACAAAACCCACAACAAUGUCGUCGUCGCCCACCAAACCAAUGCGCGAACGCAUGUCACAAUACAUCGAAUCCCUUCAAGACCAAAUCGUAACCUCCCUCGAAUCACUCGACCCGUCCGCCCCGCGCUUCAUCCGCGACAAAUGGCAACGCCCCGAAGGCGGCUACGGCAUCUCCUCCAUCUUCCAGCUCCCUUUCUCCCCUUCCUCCUCCCCACCACCCACAACAGCGCUCUCCAAAGCGGGCGUCAACAUCUCCGUCGUCCAUGGCUCCCUCCCCCCCGCCGCCAUCAAACAAAUGCGCGUCGAGCACGCCACGAUCCCCUACGACCCCACCUCCACCUCCGCCCUCCCCUUCUUCGCAGCCGGCAUAUCACUCAUCAUCCACCCGCGCAACCCGCACGCACCCACCGUACACGCUAACUACCGCUACUUCGAAAUAACGGACCAUGCUGACCCGAGCAAGGUCCUCGCGUGGUGGUUCGGCGGUGGGAGCGAUCUCACGCCUAAUUAUCUGUAUGAAGAAGACGCGGUGCAUUUUCAUGGGACGAUCAAGGAGGCGUGCGAUAAGCAUGGAAGUGCGCUGUAUCCUGUGUUCAAAAAAUGGUGCGACGAGUAUUUUUAUAUCACCCAUCGUGGAGAAUCGAGAGGUAUAGGCGGUUUGUUCUUCGAUGAUCUCUGCUCCGAAGUACAUAAACGGAUCCCCUCUGCGACCUCGUUCGACGAUAAAUCGUCUCGCCCGUGGUCGCAGGAAGAUAUCUUCGCGUUCAUACGCACCGCAGGCGACGCCUUUAUUCCCUCCUACCUCCCCAUCCUUUCCCGGCGCAUCCAUACCCCCGUUACGGACGAGCAGCGAAGGUGGCAGCUCCUGAGGCGCGGACGUUACGUCGAGUUCAAUCUCGUGUAUGAUAGGGGGACGAAGUUUGGGCUGAUGACGCCGGGGGCGAGGAUUGAGAGUAUAUUGGUCAGUUUGCCGGACGAGGUGAGGUGGGAGUAUAUGAGCGAGGUGGGGACGGAGGAGGGCACGGAGGAGAAGAGGUUGUUGGAGGUGUUGAAGAAUCCGAGGGAGUGGGUUUGACCGAGCGAAGCGGGGUGGGCGAGCGAAGCGGGGUGGGCGAAAUGGGAUGGAAUAGACGAGAAGUGUACUGUUGUAUGAAGCAAACUAUGUAUUUAAAUUUCCUGCUCUUUCAUUGCCUUGCUUGUAUGCGGUUCAGAGGCUCGAGCCCUUUAUCGCCAAUUUGUCGAUUUCGCCGUAGUACUACUCGGAGCCACACUCACGCCACUAUCCCCGUUACUCGAAUCCAAAC